AUGCCCGAUAAAGAGGUCGGCAAAACUGAGGGUGUCCAGGCCCAGUCGCUUGAUACCUCAGCCCAAUGCAUCUCAGACAACACUGUGCCAGACGAAAAACACCACGGGUUUCUGGGGUGGCUAUCUCUUAUACCGGAGAUCGAAAACCCGUAUCACUAUGGAAAAAAAGCGAAAUGGCUGAUCACGGGUGUUGUGGCCAUCGCCGCUGCCACUGCACCAAUGGGUGCCUCCAUCUUCUACCCUGCCACUCCCGACAUGUCGAGGGAUUUACAAGUUUCUUCGACAGUCAUCAAUCUGUCAGUGGCGUUCUACUUGCUCUCUUCAUCAAUUUUUCCACUAUGGUGGUCAUCCUUUUCAGAGACAGCAGGACGGCGCACGAUAUUGAUAAUAUCGUUUCUCCUCCAUGUGAUCUUCACCUUUGUGUGCGGAAUGAGCAACAAUAUCGCCAUGCUAGUUGUUUUUCGACUUCUCUCUGGUGGUGCAGCCGCAUCAGGACAGUCAGUCGGCGCCGGCACCAUUGCCGACAUAUGGCGUCCGGAGGAACGCGGCUACGCCAUGAGCAUAUUCUAUCUCGGGCCAUUGGCAGGGCCGCUGUUUUUGCCCUUGGUUGGAGGUGCUCUUACUGAGAAGUUUGGAUGGCGGAGCACUAUUUGGUUCCUGACCGGGUUUGGCAUCUUGGUCUUGGUGUUGAUCCUGCUUGCCUUGCCCGAGACCUUGUCGGUGCAACGCAAAGUGGAAGCAUCAAGCCUCGAUGCAGCCCAAAGGACCGCGAUUGCAGUUCCCGCCUCUCAAGUCCAUCCCUUCAAGAGAAUGGUGGGACUUGUUAAACGCUGCAUGGUUGAGCCUUUGAGAGUCGUGGUGUAUCUGCGCUUUCCUGCCGUUGCGAUUGUCAUCUACUGUGCUGCCGUGGCGUUCGGGUCGUGCUACGUUCUCAACAUAUCCAUGGAAGAUGCAUUUUCCGAGUUGCCGUAUGGAUACUCACCCACCAUUGUCGGGCUGUUGUUUAUCCCGAGUACUAUAGGGUGCAUCGUGACAUCCGUAUUCGGGGGUGCCUGGAUUGAUCGCAUCAUGGUUCGAGCCGCAGAGCAAGCUGGUCGUUACGACUCAGACGGCCAGCUCAUUUACCUCCCAGAGGAUCGGAUGGGUCUCAAUGCAUGGGUUUCACUCACCGUCUACCCAGCAUCGCUCAUUUGGUACGGGUGGACAGUGCAAUACGGCGUGCACUGGAUAGCACCAUCAAUUGCGGUAUUACUCUUCGGCGCAGGGUCAAUGAUGGUCUUCAGCGCGACCACUACGAUGUUAACGGAAUUUAUGCCACGGACGAGCAGCAGCGGGGUGGCUCUGAAUAAUUUCAUCAGGAACAUUUUCAGUUGUAUCGGCACCAUCGUUGCGCAGCCUCUCAUUGAUGUCAUGGGGCAUGGCUGGCUCUUGACCAUGGUGGGACUCGUGGCAUGGACAACUGGAAACGGAUGUGUCUAUUUGCUGAGACGUAACAGUCAAAAGUGGAGGAUGGAGUUGGACAAGGCUUUGAAUGAUUAG